GUCAGUCAGUCUUUAAAACAAAGUCGGUAAUAGUUGAAAUUGCGGUCGAUGGCGAAUUACCACGGAAGUGUAUAAAAAACAAGAACAACAAUUUUCCAUUAAUUUUAUUUGUCAACAAAUACAAUUUUUUAAAUUGUUUGCAACAAAAUUAACAUAAAUAUAAAAUUAGGAAAAUUUAGACUUUGACCGUUAUGCGAGUUCCCGAUAUAUCUGCCACAGCUGGUUACGCUGCAACUGUAUUCAAUCCACUUAAUAACCAACGAGAAAAUCACAGCACAAAUUCCCUGCUUUUAACAGCACUUGGAUCAGGGCACAAUAAAUUCGACAAUACACCGAUAACGGGAACACCCAAUAAUUUUUUUAGGGAGACAACAUCAACCACUCCAACUGCUAAUACAGUAGUUGCCUCAGCAGCAAACGCAACGACUGCAGCAACGACAACGAUAACAAAUUAUGCCUCUUCGGCAGAUGAAUUUAUACAGAAAGCUUUGAAUUCCACACCUACAGAAUAUUCUCCACCAAUAUUGAAUCAUUUAAAUGAUAAUAACAUUGUACCACACUACUGUUGCGGAGCACUACCCAAAACACUUGUAAAUCCAUUCGAAGAUUGUUACGACAAAGACGCCAACAAUACUGGAAACACUUACAAAAGUUUCAAGGAAAUAUUUAACACGAAUAAAAGCUUUUAUGAGGAUUGUGUAAGAGAUUUUGAAAAUAUUAAUUUAUUAAAAAAUGGUUCGGAUGAUCAUGUGACUGAUACCGAUUUGGAUCCCAUUGAAUUAAUUAAUUCGCGCGAAACUCCUAAUAGCAAUAACGAUUGUGGUGGAAAACACAUUUGUACGAAUCCAUUUGAUGUGGCUUUUAGUCAAUACAAUGCUGCACAUUGUAAAAAGAUUGAAAAGGAGAAUUUAGAACAAAUUGAUAAUAAAUCAGAAGAUCUAUUAGAAACGGAAAAAGUUGAGAGUGGUUUUGAACCAGACGAUAAUGAUUAUGAUGAUCAUUCCAUGAUCGAUUUGUGCAGUGAUACUAAAUCAAUUUAUGACAGUGAUGAAAAAGAGGAUGACUUUUUGACAUCAGCUUCAUCAUCUAGCGGCUCCUUACACACACCAAAGCACUCAUUUUUUCCCAGAGGUAUAAUUAAUCCUAACUAUCCGGGUUUUCAACAUUUAGCUCACACCCUCUCAGAACAUUUUAUUACUAGUUCACCCUCCGAUUCCUACGAGAGCGAUAUGUCCGAGUAUGAAAUGGAACUAAGCGCCGACAGUUUCGAAAGUCUCAACGAGGAAAAAUCCCAAAUACAAUUGAACACCUACAACAAUAACACUCCCGAAAAGAUUAUGAAUCCUAGUGAACAGCGGAAUAAUUUGGAUUUCAUAGAAAAUGCCGAGGCAGAAGAUGAUAUUUAUCUAAUGGAAUGCAGUAAGGGUCAUAGACCCUCUCUCGAUGAAGAUACCAAUCGCAAUAGUAACCCUAACCAUCAGCCAUUUAAUAUUGCCGAUUUGCAAGAUCAUUUGAAAAAUACGCUCACUCUGUUGGAGAAGCAAGAGUGUGCCCUACAAAACCACAAUAAUAUGCCACCAGUUUCUAUUACACCGGAUAUUUUAAUUAAGAAUUAUAAUCUGCACGUGCAACCGUUAAAUAAAAAAGAAAAUCGACCUGAUCUACUAAGAGGCGUAAGUCCUCAUCUUGUUCCCGAAAGAAAAUAUCAUGAAGCUAAGAAUGCAAAUUUGAAAUUGGAUAAGCCACACGGGGUUAAUUGUUAUGGCAUGCGUAGUAAUGAAAUUAAAGAUGAAAUGUCUUUCGGUUUAACACCCGUCGAUAUAAUUGGCGAUUUUGGUCAAGAAGUGGAAAGAGAAUUUGGUUUAUUGGUUAGUGGCUAUAGACGUUUAGUUGAUACUCAAGAUAUGAUGCCAUUACCUAUGGAGGAAGGAGAAAAGAUUUCCGAUGCAGUUUUAUCGGUAGCCAAAGAUCAAAUCGAUACUAAUAAAUAUUUGGAGGCCUUGAAUAAACAACAAACCGAGAAUGAAGAUGCCGAUAAAAUAUCCCCUGAGUUAGCUGAUGAUAAUGCUGUUGAUUUACCAUUGUCCGCAAAUAAUUCUCCUCAAAACACCCUUACUAAAGUUCAUAUGCAAACCAAUUCAAGUCCUCAACCAUCUCCCAAGUCCGAUACACGCUCGAAACCCAAAUAUCAAAAAUCUUCCUAUGACGACCGACAACUACCCCCCGUAGCAAUUGAGUACAAACGUUGCCAACAGACAUCUCGCUCUAAUAAGAAAUCCCAAUCAAAUCACAUUGAGAAAUCGGCUAAAGUAGUUAAAAGUAACCAUUCGAAACCGAGUAUUGCAAGUCGCUUAUUUCAUCCUAAACGUAAUAGUAAUAAAUCCGAUGGUAUUUCGAGUCGAAAGCGGGAGGAAGCUGAAUUGAAUCAAUAUCAACAAUUGAUCAGUGACAAAGAACAAAUUCUAAGCAAUAGUAAAUAUGCAAAAUUAUCAUCAUGGGCUCAGUAUCUUAAGAAUUCGGUUAAUGAACGUGGUUCACGCGGUAGUACAGAUUUAAUAUCACCAAGUGCAUUGGAACUCUUUGACGCUUAUAAAAUUGGCACGGAAGUUGACAUGGAACAAUUGCAGCAACAUUUAAAAAUGGCCAAGGAAAUUGAAAAGAAGAGACGCAGUGAUCGUGAGGAAAUUCGACGACGUUUGGCCAUGGGUGCUGAGGAGAAUUGCAAUGAACAGCAACAGCAUACACAACCAGAACGUAACUUAUGGAAACCCAGUAUACAAUCACGCUUGCAAAGUGAUUUUACUCGGAUUACAGAAAUAUCAUCUGAUACCGAAAGUCAUAGUUCCGAUUCGGAAACAUGUCCGAAACUAUCCAAAUCUAAAUCACAAGUUGGCGUAUUUCCAUUUAAUGGCAGCCAAAUAUCAAUAACCGAUAAUCAACAAUUGCAUCCAUAUCAUGGACGACCCCUUUCAGUCAGCUGUUCGAAUGCCUCAAAUUUGAACAAUAACAAUACAACAACAAAAACACUAACCACACAACAGCAACAAUUGCAACAACAACUAAGCGAAACAUUUAGCAAUGAAGACAGAGAAUGUGAUUUCUUUACAAAACAAGCUAAACUACAGAUUGAGGCCCGUAUGGCUUUGUCACAGGCCAAAGAAAUGGCCCACAUGCAAAUGGAGAUUGAGCGUCAAAAUCAACGAGUCUCUCCCAUAACAGCCAUAAUACGUGAUUCUUUAGAUAAAGUUGGUGUACAAAUAAAACCGGACAAACGUCGUUUAUCGCGACAAUUAUUAACCGAUAUGAAUAUAGCACAAUUACAGAUUUUAGUCAAUAAUCUUCAUACACGCAUUGAAGAGUUAAACGAAUCACUUGUUAAUUAUCUAAUGGAACGUGAUGAUUUACAUGACAGUCAAGAUACCAUGCUCGUAGAUAUUGAGGAACUCACUCGUUAUAUAGGAGCAAAAGAACAUAUCGCCCAGCAAGAGCGGAUAUCAUCAUCUGUAAACAAAUGUUCAAAGUAGAUUAUUAUAGAUUCACACACAAAAAUCCUUGGAAAACAAACAAAUAUUUAUUCAAAAAGCAAAUGAGAAAACAAAAGAGAAAC